AAAGAAAAAGGUUGUAAGCAAAUUUGAUUUCACCAGAUUAGUGCCAUUCCAAUUAUAAUCUCUCUUUCGCUCCCCCCAAGAGCGAUUUGGACAAGAUAAACAAAGAUGACACAUUUCAUUUGGCUUGUGGAGUGCACAUUAGGAUAUGAUCUUUUAACAUCAGUGUGUUUUGAGACUCACGCACACUAAUUUAAAUACAGCAAUUGGGGAGCCGACGUGUACUGUACAGUGCCGUGAAAAAGUAUUUGCCCGCUUCCCGGUUUCUGUGAUCCUUGCAUAUUUAUCACACACGUUUUUAGUUCAUCAAACCAAUGUUAAUCUCACAGAGACAACCCAAGGCAAUAUGAAAUGCAGUUUCUAAAUGAUGAUUUCAUUUACCAAGGGGGGAAAAAAAUUAAAACCCAUCUGGCUCUAUGUGAAAAAGUAAUUGACCCCCCUUGUUAAAUCAUAAAGGAACCAUGUCCAAUAACAUUUUUGGGAAAGCUGAGUUUCACAGACUAUUAAGGUUUUGAAGUGGCCAAGUCAGAAGUCCGGGUUUGAAUCCAACUGAGAUUGGACCAACUCAAUGGCAGUUAUGGAGUUUGUGGAAGCAAUAGCCACUAAUAUAGACAACACUGUGUACAUACAUCUACUGAUGCCUAGUCUGGACACAUCAUCAGUGAUGUUCCUGGAUUCACUGGACGUUUCGGGUCUUUCAACUAUCAGACGCCCUCCUCCAGGUGACCCAGCCGGGGUUGAUCAAGUCCCGGCUUGUGUCCAGACAGCUAGCUAGCUACCAUGACUCCAUGGAUCUCCUCUUUUGAGCCACAGCCAUCUUGAGGCUCUUUCUGCCGCUUCAGUGGUAUUGCGGAUGGCUCUCCUUUUCCUCUCUCCAUCGAUGCCUAAACUACAGUAGGCUCUGGCCAAGGAACGGGCUGCAAAUCCUCUGCAACCAACCUCCACAGGGAAACACCUUGCUCUCCAACCAGCCAGCUGGCAGUCGCUGACCAGUCCUGCGUACUUGGAGAGCUUCCUCUCAAAGGCUUCUUCCAAGCGAUCUUCCCACGGCACUGUCAGCUCCAGCAGCACUGCUUGUUUGGUGGACUCCGAUACGAGGACAAUGUCAGGUCGUAGGGUGGUAACUGCAAUAUGGCUGGGGAACUUCAGCUUUUUUUCAAGAUCCACCAACAACUGCCAGUCUCUUGCAGAUGUCAGGAUGCCUGCAGAUGAUGUUCUGCUGGCCGCGGUCGGCUUGUCCCCAGCUCUGACAAAGGCAAUGGUUUUAUUGGAGGGGCGGAACUGUUUAGCCCAUGCCAGCCCUGCGGUAAUGGCUUCCGCGAUAGUCAGGGGUGCCAGAGAGGGGGGGGGGGGGGGAUGAGCACCCCAGUCGGACGGACACAACGGCUACAGACCCAGGCAACGGACAAUCGACUUUGAGUAAAACGUGUACAUGCGGCAAAGCCUGCAAGAACAUCCAUGGCUUGAAGAUCCACCGAGCGUGGAUGAAGUGCCCGUUGGGAGCAGAAACAACACAACGCACAGGUGUUACACCUGGUGAGACGCAGGAGGUGCCAGGCCCGGAGUCACCCCACAGUGCCCAGAACCUCCACGUGUUGCAAACUAAUCCCUCGAGCAUCAAGUCUGAAACGAGGCGGAUCAAAUGGCCUGCAGCUAGCAUGACCUCUCUCUGGAAGCAAUUCGACGACGAUGUCGACCAAAUUCUGGAGGCUAUGGCGAAGGGACACGCCGAUGGGAAGCUACAAGCUAUGACAGCAGUCAUUGUCAGCUUCGCAGCAGAAAGGUUUGGCGAGGAGGAGAAGAAAAGCCCGGGAACAACGUACGCAAAGAAUCAAAGAGCGGUAAGGAUCCACAACAUCAGACAGGAGAUGAAAACGCUGAAGUCCCAGUACAAGGCGGCAGGACAAGAGGAACGCACUGGCCUGGCCCAGCUAAUGUGCAUCCUACGGAAAAAGAUUAGAGUUCUCCGCCGUGCAGAGUGGCACCCACCGGAGGCGGCGACGCGAGAGGGCACGAAGCGUGCUGCUUUCAUCGCUAACCCCUUCAAGUUCACGAAGGAUUUGCUGGGGCAGAAGCGGAGUGGCAAUCUGGUCUCCUCGCAGGAAAUCAUAAACCAACAUCUGAAGCAGACGUACAGCGACCCCGCAAGAGAGCAGGAGCUGGGAGAAUGCAACAUCCUCAUAGACCCCCCUGAACCUGAAGAGCAGUUCGACAUGUCGGAGCUGCAGCUAAAGGAAGUCAGGGAGGUUGUCCGCAGAGCAAGGGUGAGCUCUGCUCCAGAACCGAGUGGCACUUCAUACAAAGUGUACAAGAACUGUCCCAAACUCCUGCUGCGUCUGUGGACAAUCCUGCGAGUCUUCUGGAGAAGGGGAAGGAUCCCUGAACAAUGGAGAAUGGCUGAAGGGGUAUGGAUCCCGAAGGAGGAAAACUCCACUCAGCUAGACCAGUUCCGCAUCAUCUCCCUGCUGUGUGUUGAGGCAAAGGUUUUCUUCAGUGCUGUUUCCAAGCGGCUGUGUACCUACCUGGCAAAGAACUCCUACAUCGAUACAUCUGUCCAGAAAGGUGGCAUCUCAGGAAUUUCAGGAUGUUUGGAACAUACCGGUGUGGUCACACAGCUUAUUCGGGAGGCCAGAGAGAACAAAGGUAACCUAUCAGUGCUGUGGCUUGACCUGGCAAAUGCAUUCGGCUCCAUUCCACACAAGCUCGUCCAGCUCACUCUGACAAAGCAUCAUGUACCCAGCAGAUGCAGAGAUCUCAUCGCUGAUUAUUACAGCAAUUUCAGGAUGAGGAUCUCUUCAGGAGCAAUGACAUCCAGUUGGCACAAGGUGGAGAUCGGCAUCAUCACAGGGUGUACUAUCUCUGUGACACUGUUCUCGCUAGCCAUGAACAUGCUCACAAAAUCUGCUGAGCCAGAGUGCAGAGGGCCCCGCACGAACUCCGGACAACGGCAACCACCCAUCAGGGCAUUCAUGGAUGACCUCACAGUCACGACAGAAUCAGUCCCAGGCUGCCGGUGGAUUUUGAAGGGUCCUGAAAAGCUGGUGCCGUGGGCCCGGAUGCGUUUCAAACCCGCCAAAUCAAGAUCUAUGGUGCUAAGGAAAGGGAAGGUGGAAAACAAGUUCCGGUUCACCAUCUCAGGCACAGCCAUUCCAUCAAUCUCAGAGAAGCCGGUCAAGAGCCUAGGGAAGGUUUUCGACUGCUCUCUGAGAGACACAAAAUCUUUCCAGUCGACAUGCACGGAGUUGGAUGGCUGGCUGAAAUCAGUGGACAAGUCAGGCCUACCGGGGAAGUUUAAAGCCUGGGUAUACCAGCACGGCAUUCUUCCCAGGAUCCUGUGGCCCCUCCUGGUCUACUCCGUCCCCAUCUCGACAGUUGAGACCUUAGAGAGGAAGGUCAGCAGCCACCUCCGGAGAUGGCUAGGACUUCCAAAGAGCCUGAGCAGCAUCGCUCUCUACGGAAACAGCAACAAACUGCAACUGCCCUUCAAAUCCUUGGAGGAGGAAUUUAAGGUCACCAGAGCCAGAGAAGUGGUUCAAUACAGGGACUCAAGAGAUCCGAAGGUGGCUAAGGCUGGGAUCCAAGUGAGGACUGGCAGAAAAUGGAGGGCAGAGGAAGCGGUUGAAGAGGCAGAUGCAAGGCUCCGGCACAGGUGCUUGACUGGAGUGGUCACACGAGGUCGAGCUGGGCUAGGAUCCUUUCCAUCUCCCCAGCUGAACACCAAGGGGAAGGAGGGGCGACGUCUUGUCCAGGACGAGAUGAGAGCAGCAGUGGAGGACACAAGAACCUGCAAGGCUGUGGGAAUGAAACAACAGGGUGCUUGGACAAGAUGGGAGAACGCAGUUGAGAGGAAAGUGACCUGGGCAGAGCUUUGGAAAGCAGAGCCUCAACGCAUUAAAUUCCUCAUCCAGGCAGUUUAUGAUGUGCUCCCAAGCCCGUCAAAUCUGCACACAUGGGGCAUAGCAGAGACACCGGCAUGCCCACUGUGCUCCAAGCGAGGAACCCUGGAACACAUCCUCAGUGGCUGCAUAAGGGCACUUGGAGAUGGACGGUACAGGUGGAGGCAUGAUCAAGUCCUUAAGACUAUCGCGGAAGCCAUUACCGCAGGGCUGGCAUGGGCUAAACAGUUCCGCCCCUCCAAUAAAACCAUCGCCUUUGUCAGAGCUGGGGACAAGCCGACCGCGGCCAGCAGAACAUCAUCUGCAGGCAUCCUGACAUCUGCAAGAGACUGGCAGUUGUUGGUGGAUCUUGAAAAAAAGCUGAAGUUCCCCAGCCAUAUUGCAGUUACCACCCUACGACCUGACAUUGUCCUCGUAUCGGAGUCCACCAAACAAGCAGUGCUGCUGGAGCUGACAGUGCCGUGGGAAGAUCGCUUGGAAGAAGCCUUUGAGAGGAAGCUCUCCAAGUACGCAGGACUGGUCAGCGACUGCCAGCUGGCUGGUUGGAGAGCAAGGUGUUUCCCUGUGGAGGUUGGUUGCAGAGGAUUUGCAGCCCGUUCCUUGGCCAGAGCCUACUGUAGUUUAGGCAUCGAUGGAGAGAGGAAAAGGAGAGCCAUCCGCAAUACCACUGAAGCGGCAGAAAGAGCCUCAAGAUGGCUGUGGCUCAAAAGAGGAGAUCCAUGGAGUCAUGGUAGCUAGCUAGCUGUCUGGACACAAGCCGGGACUUGAUCAACCCCGGCUGGGUCACCUGGAGGAGGGCGUCUGAUAGUUGAAAGACCCGAAACGUCCAGUGAAUCCAGGAACAUCACUGAUGAUGUGUCCAGACUAGGCAUCAGUAGAUGUAUGUACACAGUGUGGUGUGAGCUUAAAUGGGCAGUUUAUGCUGGAAAGUCCUCCAAUAUAGCGGAGUUGAACCAAUUCUGCAAAGAGUGGGCCAAAAUUCCUCCAUAGCAAUUUGAACGAACCAUCGCCCACUGUUGCACAAGUUUGAUUUUCUUUUAUCGCUGCUACGGGUGAGACAACCCAUUAGUAGGUUCAGGCAGCAAUUAUUUUUUCACAUUGGAACACGUAGGUUUGGAUUUUUUUUUCAGUACCCACAUAGAUUAAAUUGGCAUUUAGAAACUGCAUUUUGCAUUUCCUUGGGUUGUCUCUGUGCAAUAUUAAAAGUGGUUUGAUGAACUGAAACCUUUGUGUGUGAUAAAUAUGCAAAGAACACAGAAGUCGGGUGACUAAGACUUUUUCACAAAUCUGUAAGUGCCUUCUGAAUAAAAACAUGCCAAUGACUUUUUAAGUAGCGGAAAUGACGACUAAGGACACGAUAAUACAAGGCGAAACCAAUUUUGUUGUAACCAAACCCUGUGCUCCAUCAUCAAGACAAGGGGUGGGCGAUAGGAGCAAUUACCACUUGUCUUUUUAAAAUGUUAUGAUCACAGUAAUUUGUCAACAUCCUACAAAAAACUGCUGUCAAUAACUAAUUGCUUCCCCGAACAUUUAUGGAUACUGUCGACACCGCGUAUAGGAACAACUGAAAUGCAACAAUAACAAACAUGAAUCCACUGAGUAUUUUUAUGUACCUUUACUCGCAGGGUCAACACCAUAACAUGGGUAACAACAACAACAUUUUUAUAUGGUCAUUAUGGUUAUGCUUAAUCACGCAACAGACACCACAGAACAAAUAUAAAGUGCAUGAACAAUAUGAGCAACACAAAAACUGGGGUAUUUUGUAGUUAUAACUAUAAAUGUGACGCUAGAGUAGCUACAGUAUGUUAACCAUAUAAAUGCCCCUUCAGAACAAGUAUCAAGUGCAUGAAAAUAAAAAGUCACCAUAUUUUUAUUGUUUCAUAAAAUAAUUGCUGCAGUUCCCUGGGAUUAACAUAAAAAUCCAUCUCAAAAUUGGAAAGUUGCUCCUCAAGUGAAGUGCACAUGCAUGGGCAUUCUUUUCUCCAACUGUAGUCAUGCUCAUUCCCAAGUGGUUUAACAGUUUUUGUAUCAGUAGUAUCAGAUUAAAAAAAAAAUAUAUAUAUAUAUAUAUAUUAGAGCUGUCAGUUUAGCGCGUUUUAUUGGCAUUAAUUUAAAUGAAUUUUAACGGGAUCAAUUUUUUUUCUCGCGAGAUUAACGCGGCACACGUCACAAGCGGAUGUUACUUGUUUGGAACUAUUUUGUGUGGAAGGUUACAGUGUUCUGCGUCCAUAUAAAUAGAGCGGGUGGAGCUUCUCUGUGUUUGUCUGACAGUGGUAGCGACCUAGCGAAAAUAAAACGUCUCCAGUGUUGUCAUUCGAAAUGAGGUCUACACAAAAACUGUAGAGGGACUUCAGCACAAGAAGGACCAACACAAUCAACAUAGCCUGACUGUGUUAGGGGGAGUGACCCCCCCCUCCCCCUUUCAGAAUGGUUUGCCCCAGCAGCACGGGAGAAGUGCAUGCGCUUUUUUGUACGGCGGGCAGUUUUGAAUACAGCGGCACGUAAUGAACACUGGUGUCCGGUGUCUCAUUAUUCUUCAACAAACAUACAGAAACAGACUGCUGUGUUCACAGUAAACUUGAGAAAAACAAAGUGUGUAACCAUGGUUUAAAUCUACUAUAGGCUGAGUACUAGUUUACCUUAGAUGUGCACGUUAUAAUGUUAUAUUGCUCUGUUUUGAUUUUAUAAAAAAAGCUGUUAAAGCAGCUGUUGUGUGACAAAAUAUUGUUUCACUGUUGUUGAUGGACAGUAAUAUUGUGUGAGAGAUUAUGUGUGAAUAACUGCUCCAAGUGAAAAAUGUUCAUGUAAAAUGCGCGGUGAAGUAGGUACGUUUUGGAAAGGGACAGACGGAAGGACAGACCGCGUGCGGGACGACGCGCAAUAUAUAUAUAUAUAUAUAUAUUAUAUAUAUAAUUUUUCAGUUGGUAAGGCAUCGGUUUGGCGUAUGGGAGACGGUGGUUCGAAUCCUGCUUGGGGCAAAAAAAAAAAAAGACCACAUAACACCAUCCAGUGUGGGUCCUUGGGCAAGAUCCUUCACGCUAAUGCCUACCUCAUACAAUGAUGAGAGACAAGAAAAUGACUGACAUGCCGGCUCAGAUGUCGCCCGGCCAAACAAGGUCUGCGUCAGGUACUGGGGAACCAGAGCACCUUGAAAAAUGGGCUACUGGAACAAAGCGGAGAUGGGCGAUAUACGAUAACAUGGCUCUGUUGGAAUACUACUACUCAAGCAACCCUAGUCAGAGGGGUUACAUGCAGAGAAUGUGGGCUGAAUGGUUACUUCGUAACCCACAGUCACGGUUGACCACGAAACAACUACUGGAACUCAGUGUUCCAACAUGCACAAACAGCAACGACUGUCACAACUUGAGAUUGAUGAGGUACAAUGCAGGUUCCAUGGUGAAGGGCCUCAGGCUUCCAGAUCAGAGAUUGGGAGGCAAGCCACAAUGAAUGCAGAUAAUGAGAUUGGGAGGCCAGCCCCAAUGAAUGAAAUGCUGAGCGAGGUAGCAACUGACCUGAAAGCCAAGAUCAUGGCGAGAAUGAAAGCUGGGCAACCUAGAAACCGAUUACAACGGCUAGGUGAAGUACCACCUGAAAGUCUCAUGGAAAGUGUGAAUGCAGCACUGAGGGCGAUCCCUACCGUAAAGAACAUGGAAACCAAUGAGCUGAUAUACGCUUUAGCAUCACUGAUCCUAGAGAUGCUUGGCUAUCAGAGCAACCAUGGAAGCCAUGAGAUAUGUUACCCACCAUGGAAAAGACGGUUGGAGACCAAGAUCAAGGCGGCUCGGAAAGAUGUUAGUCAAUUGACGGAGGCCCAGAGAGGUGUGAUGAAAAGGCUGAUACCCGAGAGGUACAUCCAGAUGACCAUACCUGAAGCACUCGAAACUGCCAAACAAAGGCUCCAAGCCCUGUCCAGCCGCCUAACGCGGUACACGAAAGAGACUGAGGCCAGACGAAUAAACAGGCUGUUCGCAACACAACCUGCGAAAGUAUACGCUCAGUGGCAGGGUCCUAACAACAGAGCUGACACACCAAGACUGGAAACUGAAAGGUAAUGGAAAGGCAUAAGGGAGAAGGAGGUAGCACAUAACAGCAGUGCACAAUGGCAGGUGACCCUGAGAGAGGAGCACAGCAUCCUCCCUGAACAGAACCCAGUUACCAUAACAGUGGCAGACACACCGGAAAGAGUCUCAGAUAUGAAGAACAGCACCAGGCCCGGACAUGGUCCACACCUACUGGCGAAAGAAAGUCACAGCGCUCCAUGAGCGCCAAGCAGCACAAAUGAACCAGCUGCUGAGGGAUGGGACUCACCCAGGAUGGCUAACCGAAGGGCGAACUAUCCUGAUCAUGAAGGAUCCCUCAAAGGGUGCAGUCCCAUCCAACUAUCGGCCAAUAACCUGUCUCUCCACAACAUGGAAGCUCAUGUCAGGCAUCAUUGAAGCUAAGAUAAGUGGACAACGUGGAUCAAUACAUGAGCAAAGCACAGAAGGGCAUUGGUAGACAUACCAGAGGAGCCAAACAUCAGCUCCUGGUUGACGGAACAGUCGCACAAGACCCCGCACAGUCCCGACAUACCAACCUGUACACAGCCUGGAUUGAUUCCAAGAAAGCCUAUGACUCGAUGCCACACACAUGGAUCACUGAAUGCUUGGAGUUGUAAAAGGUGAAGAGGACCUCAACAGCCUUCGUUGCGAACUCGAUGAGAAUCUGGAAAACCACACUUGAAGGCAAUGGCAAGCCACUUACCCAAGUGUCCAUCAAAUGUGGCAUAUACCAAGGUGAUGCACUCUCCCCACUGCUGUUCUGCAUAGGACUGAACCCCCUAAGCCAAAUAAUCACCAAGACAGGCUAUGGAUACCUCCUCAGAAAUGGAGCUACGAUCAGUCACCUCCUCAACAUGGAUGACAAAGCUGUACGCUAAGAGUGAAAGGGACAUAGACUCCCUGAUCCACACAACCAGGAUCUACAGCAGCGACAUCGGGAUGUCAUUCGGGCUUGAGAAAUGUAGUCGGAUGGUGACUAAGAGAGGAAAGGUAGUCCGCACUGAAGGGGUCUCACUCCCUGAAGGAACAAUAGCAGACAUUGAGGACAGCUACAAGUACCUCGGUAUACCACAAGCCAAUGGCAACCUCGAACUGGCAACAAGGAAAGCGACUACGGCCAAAUACCUCCAGCGAGUGAGGCAAGUCCUAAGAAGCCAGCUCAAUGGCAAGAAUAAGACCCGGGCAAUAAACAGCUAUGCCUUGCCAGUGAUCAGAUACCCUGCAGGAAUAAUAAGGUGGCCAAAGGAAGAGAUUCAGACCACGGACGUUAAGACCCGAAAGCUCCCAACCAUGCAUGGAGGGUUCCAUCCUAA